AUGAAUUUGCACCAAGGCUCUAAGGCAGUCCUCGACUAUCAGCAGCAAUUCAAGGAUUUGUUCUACUUUGCACCUACUCACCAAAAGCCUGACGGUGUCAAGGCAAAGAAGUUUGAGAAAGGGCUGAGGUCUAGCAUUAGCACAUUUGUAGUGCUGCACAACUACCGUACCUAUGUUGAUGUAGUGCAGGCGGCCAAGAUCAUUGAGGAUGAGCAAAGAGAGAACUAUAGGGCUAUCCAAGAGAGAACUAGCAAGAGGCCCAUGACCUCUUAUGAUUCCAGAGGAUCUGGUAUGAUUUAUGUUUGCUCCCUAUCUGCUUAUACUUUGUUUGACUCGGAUGCAUCACACUCCUUCGUAUCCCCUUCUUUUGCAAAGAAGUUGCCUAUCAAACCAAAGAAGAAGGCUGAAAACCUAGUGGUUAGUACACCAACGAGCAGCAAGGUCGAACUCGACAUAAAUUAUGAUCCUUGUCCUAUACGUAGAGGAAGAUUCUGUUCAAACAAGAAGGAGGCAAAGUUUUUAUGUUCAAAGGCAUCUGUGGAAAAUACGGAGAUGAAAGUCAAGCCUUUGGAAGAGAUAAGUGUGGUAAGAGACUUUUCAGAUGUCUUCCAAGAAGAUCUAACACAGUUGCCGCCAGACCGUGAGACGGAGUUCAUGAUUGACCUGGUACCUGGUGCAACUCCAGUGUCCAAGGCCCCCUAUAGAAUGGCCUCAUCUGAGUUGAAGGACUUACAGGAGCAACUAAAUGACUUGUUGAAGAAAGGCUUCAUUAGACCUAAUAAGUGUGCUAUCAUCUUCAUAGAUGACAUCUUGAUCUAUCCCAACAGUGAAGAAGAGCAAGCAUAUCAUCUCCGUCUGGUAUUACAGUGCUUGAGAGAGAAAUUACUGUACGCCAAAUUCAGUAAGUGUGAGUUUUGGCUACAACAAGUGGCAUUUCUAGGACAUCUUAUUUCCGCCAAGGGUAUUGAAGUUGACCCUGGCAAGGUAAAAUCAGUAGUUGACUCGAAGAUACCCAAGAAUGUAGUAGACAUUCACAAUUUCUUGGAUCUAGCUGGCUAUUAUAGAAGAUUCAAUGGGAACCUCUCAAGGAUUUUCGCUCCUAUAACACGACUGACCCGAAAGGGAGUGAAGUUCGAGUGGUCUGAUAGCUAUGAAAAGAGCUUCCAGGAGCUAAAGUAG